CAUGACGUUGAUGGCCACUGGGUGGGGCUGUUUCUACAUCUCACUGGCGUGUGGCGUGUUUUUUUCCACCUGCACUUCUCUGGAGUUUGACCGACGAAUAUGAACUAUACAGUAACACAUUAUUAACCACAUCGUUUACCCGAGGACCAGCUGCAGUGGACUAGACGUCCGGUAACACAACAUUCUACAAUGUUGUGUUAUUAGUCUGGUCUGGUGUGGUCUGCUAAUGGCUGCACAGCUGCGGGGGCUUUGGGUAAAAGGCUUACACACCUCUUAAGACAAUAAUGGUCGCCUGCGGAACAAAUGAGGUGGCGCUAAUACUAAUACUCCGUCAGCGACGCGGACCAGUGAGUGUCUGCUGUCCGGACUCAUCCGGCAAAAACACGUGGACUCAACAGCAGAUAUCCUGUUAAUUAAACAUGACCCGAGGGGAAUCACCAUGCACAGCUGACUCCUCUGCAGAGAGGCCGGCUGAGGCACCAUGAACUCUGUUGAGAUGUACUCAGUGGAUCUAAAAGACGCCUGUGGAUUAUACCAACGUUUGUAUUCUACUGGGAAAAUAAGGAUUCCUUCCUAAGGGCUGCACUUCAUCCGUCAGACUCCUGAUAUCCUCCCGUCUGGAUGACUCAGGGAGGAAUUGCCAAACACAAAGCAUGGCUCACCCCGCCACUCACUCCUCUGACCGGAGGGAGAUGACAAAUGGAGCGGGACACCCCCACUUCAACAACAACGGAGGUCAGGGCGGGGGUUCCCACAGCGCUGCGCGCUACAUGCUGAAGAAACAGCACCGCCACAGACACAGGUCCUCGUCACCGAUGGGCCGGGUCAUCCUCAUCAACGCGCCUCUUGAUGGUGACGACAGUGAAGACAUUCACACAGUGACAGUCGAUAAAAGUCCUGAUGGACGUCUGGGCUUCAGUGUCCGUGGAGGUUGUGAACAUGGACUUGGCAUAUUUGUCAGCAAGGUGGAGGACGACAGCUCUGCAGCGCAGGCUGGGCUGACUGUUGGCGAUAAGCUGGUGGAGGUGAACGCGGUCAGCCUGGAGAACAUCACCAUGAGCAGCGCCGUGAAGGUGUUGACGGGCAACAACAGGCUCCGGAUGGUGGUGAGACGGGUGGGCAAGAUCCCGGGCAUUCGCUACUCCAAAGAGAAGACCACAUGGGUGGAUCUCAUUCACCGGCGGAUGGUGGUGGAGGAGAAUGGACGAACGCCGUCAGAGGCCAGCACAGACAGCGCCCUCCGCAGGAUCGUGCAUCUCUUCACCACAUCGGACGACUACUGCCUGGGCUUCAACAUCCGAGGAGGGAAAGAGUUCGGACUGGGGAUUUAUGUUUCCAAGCUGGACCCCGGUGGGCUUGCGGAGCAGCAUGGCAUCAAAAUGGGCGAUCAGAUACUUGCAGCUAACGGGGUGAGCUUUGAACACAUCACCCACAGCAACGCAGUGGAGGUCCUGAAGAGCCACACCCAUGUGAUGUUGACCAUCAGGGAAGCUGGCAGAUACCCUGCAUACAAGGAGAUGGUGGCUGAAUACGGCUGGCUCGACAACUUGGCCAAUGGGGGCCCUGCACCAUCCUCCCACGGCUCAGACUCCAACUCGUCUGUGUCCUCCCUGUCCUCCAGCACCCCUCUCAGCUCCCUCAGUGGUCUCUCCCAAGUCCUUUUCCCUCCCGCCUUCGGCUUAGACAUGGUAGACGUCGCCAUCUCCACAGAGGACCGCUCCCGUCGUCCAAGCAGCGCCGAGCGGACUGCUGACACCGCCAUGCAGACUGACCCCCACCCUCCGAACCACGUGGAACAUCCCUCUCUUCAUAAUGGAUCGAACCCUGACAAGCUGGUGGGGACAGAGACCAGCCGGACUGUAGGUGCCACAGUGCUGCUGAAGGACACACUCAUACGUGGGAAAGGGGAAGGACCGAGGGAGAUGGGAGGAGCUGGGGAAGGAGGCAGGGCACGGACCAGGACCCUGUCUACUGGGGACCGGGAAUUAGUCAAACACUCACCUAAGACGGCUGCACUGAUGGACCUGAGCAGACCACGGAAACCCAUCAGACGUUCCCAGAGCCACGUCACCGUGUCAGAAGACAGGAAGAAGAAGAAGAAGCACCAGAAGGAGAAGAGCUCAGUAGAAGGUAAAAGCAGCCUGCAGCGCUCCAAAACCUUUGUCAACCUGUUAUUUAAGAAAGACCGGAAAGAGAAGAAUCGCUCCAGGUCACCGUCCCACCAUUCUGACAAAGGUAAGGAGCGGGGUCAUCCUUUCCAGCUCUUGACCUCCCCGAGAGAAUCCCGUGCUGGAGUUAAAGACCACAUCGCUCUGCCUCGUCCCGAGACCCUGCAGCACGUGGAGGACGUGGCAAAGAGACUUCUCAGCCACGAUGAGGUGGUGGCUGUGAUGAGACACUGUCGGAGGUUUUUGUCCGACAAUGUGAUUGAGGAUUUAGUGCGCCCCCUCUUGGCCAUCUUGGACAGACCAGAGAAACUGCUACUUCUCAGAGAAAUAAGAAUGCUGAUACCUACGACUGUGCUGGCUCACUUUGACAGCAUGGUCAUUCCCUUUGAGUUGGAGGCGUAUGACACACUCAAGAGUCGCUCGAUGCGUUCUCCAGCUCUACACUCCCCUCGCAGUGGAACCCCUCGACGUCACCUCAUCACCCCAAUCCCAGACUACAGGGGAAGGUUCCACCUCCAGUCUGUUCAAAACCCCCUGGGAGAGAGUCAGCUGAUUGAGGAGUUGGAGAGACUGCGUUUGUCUGGACGCCAGUCAGGACAUCUGUCUCCGGCCCAGGUCUUCACCCCUCUGCUGGAUGUACCUGUGGACAGCUACUCUGUCUCCAGUGCGCGCUCUCGCUCCCGGAGUCCCUCAUCCACGCACAGCUUCCUCCUCACGGAAUCACCGCACAGCACCCAUCGCGGUCGCCAUCCCCACCGCUCCCCAAACAGAAGAGAGAACGGAGCGUCACAGUUUGACGAUUCCUCACUGUUGUCUGUGUACGAUCGGAAAAAAGAAGCGGCUCCUGAACGAGGGAGGUCGCCCGUGAGGAACGGACACGGGGGAGAAAGGAGGGAGGCGAGUCCCGACAGCGUGGAUGGCAGACGGCAGAGCGGGCUGCAGGACGGCUUCACAGAGGUCAGCGUGCGUGUGCCCUCACAGCGAAGAGGCAGAACGCCUCUAGCUGAUGUGUUUGAGCCCUCAAGAGACAGCAGCAGAGGGAGCAGUCCACAGGUAUACAGACACUCACAAACGUUUGGAGUGAAAAGAGGAGCAACUCCACCACCAGAGGAAUACAAAAUCAGCACUUUGACCAUCUCAAAGGCCAAGCAGUCACUGGGCAUCAGUAUCUCUGGAGGGAUCGAGUCCAGGAUCCAGCCCAUGAUAAAGAUUGAGAAGAUUUUCCCAGGAGGAGCAGCGGCGACAAAUGAAGCUCUGAAGGCAGGAUAUGAGCUGUUGUCCGUGGACGGGGAGAGUCUUCAGGGAGUGACUCAUCAACACGCGGUGGGCGUGAUUCGCCGUGCGUUCGGCAACAAAGCCAAAGACCCCAUGGUUUUUGUGGUCAAGGUCCCGACCAACCCCUGACAGCCGCUGGACACCUGCUGACUAACUUCGCUGAGGCCUCACAGCGAGACUGCGGCUCAGGCACGACGGACACCAAAAUGUGCAACUCCUGCGGAGAAGAAACUGUAAGAAUCCACUCCAGGAUAACAAGGAUAGAGCUCUGGAUGUGAAUGGAAGCACAGAGGUUGUGACAGGAAGGGCAAAAUACAUGUACUUUGUUGAACCUGUAUGUUUCCAGAGGUUCACUGUGUAAUAAUUAGUGACGUGUGAUGGUGACAGUAUAACAAACAAAGGCGUUUCCCAAGCAUGUCAGGGAUCCACGGUGGCCUUUGUGAUGGCAUUGUCCGUCUUCAUUUGUGUCAUAAACUUCUGCUUCAUGUCACGAAACACGCACUCCGGCUAAAUGAACACAUAAAAUGCUUCUUCUAAAGGCAAAAAAAAACAAAUUUAUACACUUAUAAAGAAAUACACAUGUGUAGAAUAAUCAAUUUCUGCCAAUAAAUGCUCCACACUGGACCUUCACGAGUACUGCAGGAUCAGGAUAUCAAUAACUAUCAAUAAGAAGAUAUAGUGUUGCGCCCAUUUUCUCCACGUUUGUAACUUUUAUAACUGAAAAUGAAGUUGUGUUUUCUACAGGUCUUUCAUGAGAAGAUCCCGUGGUCCCUGAGCUCGUCCUCAGUGGAAUCUGUGCCACUGUUUGACACCCAGCAAACCCCUCGCCCGUGACCUCUGAGCAGUCAGUGGUCUGCACAUUUCAGCUUGAGUUUUCUGCCCUGCCAGAGGGAGAUUACUCCAGCCUGCGUUAUGAGAUUUUUUUUUAGAUUUAUACCCAGAUUAAACCCCUGUAUAAUGUCAAAACUGAUAGUUUUGGUUUUUAGCGAAUGUCUGGGGGGGAUUAUUCCAAAUUGCUGCUCCGUAAUUUUUGUGCUGUAUUUUUCUGGCAUAAGUGCUCGUGCUCUGGAGCAAUCCGCCACUUUAGAGGCUUAAUUACACCCUGCUGUGGGCUGAGCUUAUGCAGACAUGUGGAGGAGUUGGAAAAACAUGUCAAUGAGAAAUGCAGGAUGUGGACGUCAGUGGCACCAUUUGAAUUAAAGUAGGCUGGGGAGAUAUGAGCGGCGAGGUAACUGGAAUGUAUUAUGCGCAGUGCCUUACUUCUGCACACGGCCAGUGUGUGUGUGUGUGUGGGGGUUAAUGUUGAUAAAAUGAAGAGACUGAAACUAAACAAUGCAAUUAAAGACAACACUGAGAUCGUCUUUUA